UCCACAUCUGAAGCAUGUUUGGAAUAGGGAUCCACAAGGAAUUCUUUCCUUCGAUAACUUAUGUACUGUGCAUGUCCAGGGAUGUCCUGGUCUAAGAAGUCUCUUCCCUGCCUCUAUAGCCCUAAACCUUCUACAACUUGAAGAGCUUCUGAUAGUAAAUUGUGGAGUGGAGGAAAUUGUUGCUAAGGAUGAAGGACUAGAAGAAGGUCCUGAGUUUUUGUUUCCUAAAGUUACCUAUCUGCAUCUUGUGGAAGUACCAGAACUAAAGAGAUUCUAUCCAGGAAUACAUAAAUCAGAAUGGCCGAGGUUGAAAAAGUUUUGGGUGUAUCACUGUAACAAAAUUGAAAUAUUUCCUUCAGAAAUCAAGUGCUCUCACGAACCAUGCAGGGAGGACCACAUGGACAUCGAAGGUCAGCAGCCACUUCUGUCAUUUAGGAAGAUCUUCCCCAACUUGGAGGAUUUAUAUUUGGAAAGCAAGGAUGCAUCGGCAUUAUUGAGAAGCCUGUGUCCUCAAGACUUCUAUGACAAACUCAAAGUUCUCAAUCUGUUUUGCUUUCAUGAUGCACAUGCAACUUUUCCAAUUGAUCUCCUUCCAAGGUUCCCUAAAUUGGAAAAACUUAUUGCGGGAUGUAGUGAGUUCAAAGAGUUGCUCCCGUCUAGACUUGAUUGCAUGGAGAAGCAUGCAAGAGUUCUUUCACCGAUACGACACUUAGAGUUGAAAACUCUUCCUUGCCUAGAGCAUUUAUGGAAGAGCAAUUCCCAACUGGACCAAGCUCUGCAGACUCUUGAAACUCUUGUAGUACAGAAUUGCGGCAGUUUGAUUUAUUUAGCUCCAUCCCGUGCUUCUUUCCAAAAUCUAACAAAUUUGGAUGUGUGGAAUUGCAAAAGAUUAGUAAAAUUAGUGACAUCCACAACAGCUAAAAGUCUGGCGCAACUCACAAGAAUGAAAGUAGUGGGCUGCAGUAUGGUUACCGAAAUAGUAGCAAAUGAGGAAGAGGGAAUAAAAGAUGAGAUUGUCUUCAGCAAAUUAGAAAUAUUAGAGCUUCAUCGUUUACCAAGCCUAACUAGCUUUUGCUCAGAAAAACACAGCUUUGAUUUCCCAUCUCUGGUAGAAGUAACUGUCAGACAAUGUCCUGGGAUGAAGUUCUUCUCCAACGGAGCGCUGAGCACUCCCAAGCUGCGGAGAGUUAAAUUGACUGAAGAGGACAAGAAAGGAUUCUGGGUUGGAAAUCUUAACACCACAAUACAACAGUUGUCUACACAAACGAAAGCUCAAACUGGUGAAAGUUCAUCAUCGUAAAUGCUUGAGAUACUGCUUGCUCCACCGAUGUGUUCGAUCCCUGUGCAGCUCCUAGAGUUGGAAGUAAAAGGCUGUCCCAAGAUUGAAGAAAUUGUCACAAAUGAUUUACCAGGUGCGGUAGAUCUUCUGAGAGAACAAAAGGCAAAUGCAACUGAUGGGGCUACUGAACCAAGGAUGAUACAGGACAAGAAGAUUUGAAGAAAGAAACGGAGAGAAAGGAAGAAAGGAGGGAGAAGAAGAUGAGAGGAGCAGGAGAAGAGGAGAGGGAGGAGGAGAAAUCAAUGAUCUUCAUAUUUCAUCUUCAAAACUGUAAUGUAAUGUAAAAUACAAUACAUAUAAAUAGCAAAACUCUACCCAAACAUUGAUUUACAAUUACUAUAAAGAAAGGGUGUUUUCAUGUAAAAA